CUUCGUACUUUCGGAAAUAUGUAGUGCAUUUCAUGAUUUUGGUUCUUGUGGAAGAACACAUAUUGCAUAAUGGGCUGAUUCUGGUUGUGGGUAAUCUCUUGAAUGGAAGGGGAACUUGUGACAACUGAAGAAGCAAGAGCCCGGUUCAGACAGUGCGAUGACAAUCCAUCCAGAACAAGCCGACAUUUUUGUUCUGCCCUUCUGGUUGUGAAGGAGCAUCUUCCAUGCGGGAACGUGUGCAUGAGGAUGAACAUUGAUGCCACCAAAACGGGAAACAUUGCCCGUUUCAUCAACCAUUCGUGUGACGGAGGGAACCUCUGCGCUGCUAUAGUGCGAAGCUCUGGAGCUCUGCUUCCCCGUGUUUGCUUUUUUGCUUCCAUGGACAUACGAGAAGAUGAAGAGCUCAGUUUCAGCUAUGGGGAUGUCACGCUUGAUCCUCCUCCUCCGAAGGGCUCCCCGUGCUUUUGUGGCAGCCCUUCAUGUUUAGGGGUCCUCCCUUCAGAGCAUACAUGAGAAUAUACUCCGUAUAGCUAUACCCUCCACAUAGAUCACCUUGGUGUACUAUGUGAACAAGAAUUGCUGAUCUAUUUGAUGGUGCAUUUGGCCUGGAUUCAUAUGGUAAAGUUGAUUUUGGAUUUUGGAGUGAAAGUGUUUUUGAAUGAGCUGGUUCUGGUGUCCAGAAUGUAAACUGAGAUUGAU